UUUAAUAAAAGAGAAAGAGAGAGAUUUAUUUAUUUAUUAAUACUUAAUAGAUAGAGAGAGAGAGAGCAUCAGUUAGAUAGAUUCAUUUAGGGGGAGAGUGAGAGCAGUGAGACUGUGAGAGAGUGUAAGAGGAGGGAGAGAGAAAGAGAGAGAGAAUUUGAGAAAGCGAAAUCCAAAUGCUGUCAGCUUCUGCUUCUGUUUCUGCUUUAUGGAAUGUGCAUUGCUUUUUCCUUAUUUCCUAAUAUUAUUAUUAUUAACAUAACAAAAACGAACAUGAUUUUUAUUUUCUAAAGAGGAAAAAAGAGUCCAGUUUGUUUGGAUUGUGGAUUCUGAAGAAGAAGAAGAAGAAGAAGAGAAAGAAGAUUUUUGAGAGAGAGAGAGAGAGAGUUUGAUCGAAAAGUGAAAUUGAUGGGUUCGGAGCAAAACAGAUUCCCUCAGCAGGAACGCGAAAGGAGAAAGAGAUGGGGAGGGUGUUGGACUGCACUCUCUUGCUUCGGCACCCAAAAAGGCGGCAAACGAAUCGUCCCCGCCACUCGAAUUCCCGACGGAAACGGUUCCGCUACCCAGCAGCCCAACGGACCUCAACCCGCCACCCAAGCCACCGCACUCGCUCCCUCCCUUUUAGCCCCUCCUUCUUCCCCUGCAUCCUUUACUAAUUCUGCCCUACCUUCCACAGCUCAAUCGCCCAGUUGUUUCCUAUCACUGUCUGCAAACUCUCCGGGAGGUCCUUCAUCAACCAUGUUCGCUACCGGACCUUAUGCCCAUGAGACACAGCUGGUCUCUCCUCCUGUGUUCUCAACCUUCACAACCGAACCCUCAACCGCUCCUCUCACUCCCCCGCCGGAGUUGGCUCACUUGACCACUCCCUCUUCACCUGAUGUUCCCUUUGCUCAUUUUGCAACAUAUUCACUCUAUCCCGGUAGUCCUCCCAGUAGUCUUGUAUCUCCGAUGUCAAGGGCGUCAAAUGACUGCUCAUCGUCCUUCUUUCCCGAGCGUGAGUUUCCUCCACAAUGGGGCCCCUCGAUUUCUCCCCAGAAUGAAAAAUGUGGAAGGAGUGAUUCCGGCAGGCUGUUUGGGCAUGAUGGCGCCGGUGCUAACUCUGUGGCGGCGUCUCACGAUUCAAAUUUCUUCUGCCCUGCUACAUUUGCGCGGUAUUAUCUCGAUAAUCCGCCGUUUCCUCACACUGGUGGGAGGUUGAGUGUUUCUAAAGAUUCAGAUGCUUACUCUACUGGUGGAAGUGCACACCAGAACAAGCAGAAUAGAAGUCCCAAGCAAGAUGCGGAUGAAAUAGAAGCUUAUAGAGCAUCCUUUGGGUUCAGUGCUGAUGAAAUCAUCACCACUACACAAUACGUGGAGAUUUCCGAUGUAAUGGAGGACUCAUUUACCAUGACACCAUUUUCCUCCAAUAAAUUACCAAUGGAAGAAAGUAUGGAGCCUGUUUCGGUCAGCGGACUGAAACCUCUGAAAACACACACAAACUCGCAUAGUCAGAAUGGUUUUAAAUUGCCCCUCGAACAGGGUACAAGAUCAGAUUUCAUGGAAGUGCCGGCAUUGCCCAAUGGAUAUGAAGAUCACAAAAGGAUGCAACAUGGUCAUAUGUCUAGAUCGAGUACACCUGGAAAUCGUAUUUUGUCCGAUGAAGAUGACGACGUAUUUUCAAAGAUGGGAUCAUCAUCUAAAAUGGGCAGGAAGCAUCAGGUGGGCCUGUCGAGCUCCGACGCAGAGAUUGAUUACAGACGAGGAAGAAGCUUAAGAGAGAAGAAGAAAGAUACAUGGGCAUGAAUAGAAAUUUGUAUUUAUUUGUUGUCGUCUCUGUGAUGCACUUCUUUUUCGGGCUCAGUUGAUCUAACCUAUGAUCUAACCUCUUCUCUCCCCAGUUGUGUGACAUCUCUCUCUCUCUCUCUCAGAAUGUAUGUGAAUGAAUAUGCACAUCAUGAUUUGUUAUGUAUUUCGUGAGGAAGCAGUUUAAGGAUAACGACUAGUGUAUUAUUGGAA